AUGACGACUGUGCCAUCAGGGCGAGGAUUGCCUCGGUUGAAAUACACCCCAGCAUCCACGCAGCAAUUCACGCUGACCAAGGAUGCAGCCAAGAUGAACCGAGUGACAAGCGGCAUCGGCGGGGCGUUGGAGAGUGUGCAGAUGAGAAUCGAAAUGCUGACGCGUGAGAUCAAGGCGGACGAGAAGGGCAAGAAAGACUACGACGAGCAGCUCUUCCGACUGAAUGAGCGGCGCAAAGACUUUGACGCCAAGUUGAAGGAGUGUCGCGAGUGGAACGCCCUCUUUGAGAGCAAGAUCAAGCCGCUGGCGGCGAAAUACACGGAGACGACCGACAGCAUGCAGGGGCAGUACAAUGACGCAAAGCUUCGUCACGCUCAGGGUAUUAUUGUGCUCAUGGAGAACUUUGACUACCACCCGGAGUUCAAACGCCUGAGCGACACCUUCACUGCUGUACCCUUUAGACCGAAGUAA